AUGGCACAAAAUGUCCUUUAUGCUGACUUGAACUUGCCUGAACCAACCGGACCCAGAAUCCUGACGGUCCCUGAUGUCCAAGACUCAGGUUGUACCUACGCAGAAUUGAAAGUGAAAUCCCAAGACACAAAUGCUGCAGCAAGCUGCAAAUCAUCUGGUCAAAGCUGGUGUUCCAGAAAACGUGUUGCUAUACUGGCGGUGAUAAUCCUUGUACUAGUCCUGGCAGUAUAUUUCAUAAUCACAUGUGGUCCAACUGCCUGCAACCAAAAGGACCCAACAAAAUUAUCCCACAUCCCGGAAGAGGCACCAGGCUGUCCCCCGUCAUGGAAAAAACAUGGGACAAAAUGCUACUUCUUUUCUCCAGAGAAGAAAAAGCAGGACUGGAAAUCCUCCCGUGAAGAAUGUGCUGCCAUGGGCUCAGACCUGGUGAUCAUUGACAGCAAGGAAGAGCUGAAUUACCUUCUCUCAGAAUCAAAAUAUGGGUACUACUUACUUGGUCUCACUUACUCUCAAGAGGAGCAGAAGUGGAAGUGGAUCAACAACAUGGAACAUGACCCCAACCUGUUCAGGAUAAGCAGACCUUAUAGCGACUAUAACUGCCUGACCAUUGGAUAUGAUAGAGUAGGAACUGCACCUUGCUAUGGAAGCGGAACAACACAAAUCCUGUGUGAAAAAGCUGCAACAAUGUCAAAAAGGCAUCAGAAGGCAAGCUAA